GUAUAAUUCUCAUUUCUUGUCUUCACGGACUCGUCAAAACUCAAAACUACAACUUGUCCUAUCUUCUUCUUCUUCGAUAUUUCUUCAACAUCAAGCGUAGUUUUCUUCGUACAGUUAACAGUUAACGCUCGAAAUCAACCGAAGAUGUCGAAUCUUGACAACCCAGCAUCGGAAAAGGCUCCGAAAUCGCCGGGGAAGCCUCUGCCGUCGGCCCCACCGUCUGUAGACGUAGAGAACCAGACGCCUGCGACUGAGCAAGGCGGGCAAGGGGUGACGGAGAUCGUGAGGCGAUGGAAGAGAGAGGAUUUUCUGAAGAAAGGGUCUCUAGCGUUGCGUGGAUUGGGGUUGAUUUUCUCUCUGCUCGCUUUCAUUAUCAUGGCCACUAAUCAACAUGGUGAUUGGAAAGAUUUCGACAAAUAUGAAGAAUAUAGGUAUGUGUUGGCCAUCGCAAUUUUAUCCAGCCUAUAUACAGGGGCGCAAUCUUUCAGACAAAUUCAUGAACUUUGGACUGCAAAAGAAUCAUUUUCCCGGCGGAAUAUGGCGUUGGUCGACUUCUUUGGUGAUCAGAUUGUGGCAUACCUGCUAAUAUCUGCAGCAUCGUCGGCGGUUCCCAUGACAAAUAGGAUGAGAGAGGGGACAGACAACAUAUUCACAGACUCCUCAGCAGCCGCAAUUAGCAUGGAAUUCUUGGCAUUCCUAGUACUGGCAGUCUCUGCCAUCAUUUCAGGAUACAAACUAUCAAACCGGUCUUACAUCUAAGUAAUCUAUUUUGUUUGACAAUUCUGUGUGUAUUCUGUUCCUUGAUUUGUGUCGUCCACGUACUCCAUACAUUGUUUAUGUAUAUUUGUUUUGCAUAUAGGCUUUUGCGGUUGUUCUUCAUACCUGUUUCGAGUGUCGAUUCGAUGUCACCCAUUUUCUUCCUCUGUGAUUCAUGAUUGGAUAGAUUUUUGUCCUUCCCUGUGCAGUUAUUCACAAUGUAGAACUUUCAUCAUGUUAUGAAGUUACUUUGUUCAAUUAAAAUGUGUCGUUUUGGAA